AUGCCAGACCAAUUCACAAAGAUCGGCGUCGUCGGCGCAGGCUCCAUGGGCUCCGGCAUGGCCAUGCUCUUCGCCGAGCACGACCUCGCCGUCUCCCUCUACGACGCCAAGCCCGACAGCAUCGACGCCCUCACCACCAUCCUCGCCGACCCCCACAGCGGCCUCGAGCCCGCUCUGCGCUCGAGGCUCACCGGCUACAAAGACCUGCCCGCCUUCAUGGACUCGCUUGGGGGGAAGGAUGCGGACAAGCUGCUCGUGUUCAGCAUCCCGCACGGGUCCGCGGCGGAUAUCGUGCUCGACCAGAUCGCGCCGUUCUUGAUGAAGGGCGACGUCAUUCUCGAUGGCGGGAACGAGUGGUAUGAGAAUACGACGCGCCGCCAGGACGCGCUGCGUCCGCGGGGGGUUGCCUACCUCUCUAUGGGCGUUUCGGGCGGGUACCAGGCUGCGCGCCGUGGGCCGUCCAUUUCGCCCAGUGGCGACGCCGCCGCGGUCGAGCGCGUCCUGCCGCUGCUGGAGCGCGUCGCGGCGAAGGACAAGAAGAGCGGAAAACCGUGCGUGGCGAAUGUGGGCCCGGGCGCGAGUGGGCAUUACGUCAAGAUGGUGCACAACGGCAUCGAGCAGGGCGUGCUAGGCAUUGUGUGCGAGACGUGGGAGGUGUUGUACAAGUGUUUGGACACGGACCUCGAUGCAAUCGCAGGUAUAUACGAGGGCUGGGUUGCGGAGGGCGAGCUGAAGGGCAACUUCUUGUUCGGCAUCGGCGCAGACAUAUGUCGGCGGCACAAGGAGGACGGCGCCCCAGGGCACAUCGUGAACGAGGUGCAGGACAAAGUCGUGCAGGACGCAGACGACUCAGAAGGGACGGGCUUCUGGACGGUGAUGGAGGCGGCCGAGCGGCACGUCUCCGCGCCGACGAUCGCGAGCGCGCACUUCUUCCGCAUCGCGUCCGCAGACCGCGCGCAGCGCAUGCAGGUCGUCGCCGCGCUCGGGCAGGACCUCGGCGCCGCGCGCAAGCAGCACGUCGACGAGGCGUUCAGGGAGGCGUUCGCGGAGGAUCUGCGACUCGCGGCGUACUGCGCGUGCCUUGCGUCGUACGCACAAGGCAUGAAUCUGAUCGCGCGCGCGAGCGAGGACGAGGGGUGGGGCGUAAGGCUGGGGACGUGUGUGCGCAUCUGGCGCGAGGGGUGUAUUAUACGCUCGGAGGCGAUCGCGGACUUGCUGCAGCCGCUGUAUGAGACUGAGCCGGGGUGCUUGAAUACGCUGAUGCUGCAGGCGGUCGCGGAUGAGGUGAGGAGGACGAUGCCGAGCCUGCAGAGGGUGGUGAAGCAUGCGUUGGAGUGGAACGCGCACAUCCCAACACUGAGUGCGAGUCUGGAGUACUUCAAGUACUGCGGGGGGAAGCACCUGCCGACGCAGUUCAUGGAGGCCGAGCUGGACUACUUCGGAUCGCACAACUAUGACAUGAAGUCGGAGGGUGAUGGCGAGGUGAAGAAAGGUAAACAUCACUACGAGUGGAAGAGGGCGUGA